AUCAGAACGUUAUCCCUUCUUUGUCAGAAUUUGUUCGUUUGAACGUUGACUUUGUAGCCAGAUCAUCUACUCAAACAAGUGACCUUCUAGGACUGGAGGGUGCAUGGGCAAAGCGUUUCGAUUCAACUGCAAAGAUAUUGAAUAUUGAGGAAAUAAUGUUGUCGGGAGCUUCAGUCGGGUUUACUGACUGCGGUUGUUACAUUCCUAACAUUGCGGACAUAGUAGUGUUGUGGGAGCUUCAGUCGGGUUUACUGAUUGCGGUAGUUAAUGACAAAGCAGAUUGGUCUUGUAUCAUCGAAAGAUGGCAUAUGAUGCAAAUUUCAGGAAAUUGUCGUGAAAAAACCUACACUUUGUAUUCAAACGUGAACGAAAACUUUGGAAAUAAAUUGUUGGAAAACGAGAAAAAAUCAGAACUUGACGCCAAUGACUCUACCUGUGCAAAAACUACGAAACGACUUCUAGAUGUUGCAAAAGAAAGCCCCCCGAAACGUGUGGCAAAG